AUGCUGCGCGUCACCGCCGGGGUCAACAAGAAUUCGACGAUCAACGACGCCUGCGUGCUGUUCGUCGGGAAGCGCAAUAAUGUCAAGAAGCUCGACCCGGCGUUGGCCAUCGCCAAAUUGGGCGGCGUGGCGAAUGGGGGUGAAAUGUGGGAAGGGGCGCUGAAUGCGGCCUACGACGAGGGAUCGUCGCCGAUUUAUCUCAAUCGGGCAAAGGUAAUCACCGUCCCAGAGACCGUCUCGCGCGGAAAUGCCCCCUCCAACUCGGUCGCCAUCUUCAGGGAGGUCAAGAAAAACGUGCCCUCCAGUGCAAUGAGCCUCUCGGUCGUGCUGGUCGCUGAAUACGCCGACGUUGUUGCUCAAGUCGCAGCGAUUGCUCGAGCUUUCCCGAAAUACUCGCUCAAAACGAAGCCCGAGACGCUGGAGGAGAUCAACAUCGAGGUGGUGGUGGUCGAUGGGGAGUUGUCCUCCUCGGACGUGGAGUACCUCAACAGUCUCUCUACGGCCAUUCGGGAGACACAACGGCUGAUUGAUACCCCGGCGAACUUCUUGACGACUGACGCACUCGUCGAAGAAGCCAUCAAACUCGCUGGUGAACUCCCCGGAGUUACGCACGAGCUGAUCCGUGGCGAAGAUCUCCUGCACCAAGGCUUCGGCGGCAUCUACCACGUCGGCAAAGCCGGGCCCACGCCCCCAGCUUUUGUCGUGCUCAGCCACAAGCCGGCAGGCAGCAACCACACGUACGCCCUGGUCGGCAAGGGCAUCGUCUACGACACUGGCGGCAUGCAGAUCAAGGGAAAGACCGGAAUGCCGAACAUGAAGCGAGACAUGGGAGGCGCUGCCGGGAUGCUGCACGCCUUCGCCACGCUGGUCCGCGCCGGCUUCAAGCAGGAGCUGCACGUGCUGCUGUGCAUUGCCGAGAACAACGUGUCGCCAAUUGCGAACAAGCCCGACGACAUCAUCCGGAUGCUGUCCGGUAAGACGGUCGAGAUCAACAACACCGACGCUGAGGGUCGGCUUGUACUCGCUGACGGCGUGUUCUACGCAAAAGAGCGGUUGAAUGCCGGCACGAUCAUCGACAUGGCGACGUUGACCGGGGCUCAGAGCUACGUUACGGGCAAGCUACACGCGGCGCUGCUCACCAAUUUGGAGACGUCGGAGCAUGAGGUUGAAGCAGCCGGGAAGCGGUCCGGCGACAUGGUCAAGUCGAUGCUGUUCGCCCCUGACCUCCACUUUGGCGAUCUCAAGUCCCCCGUUGCGGAUAUGCGUAACAGUAAUCUCGGCAAGAUGCAGGGUCCCCCAUCCGCCAUCGCCGGCCUGUUCAUCGGCUCCCACAUCGACUUUGGCGAGGGGCUGAACUGGAUCCACCUGGAUAUCGCUGCCCCUGCCGAAGUUGACGAUCGAGCCACCGGAUACGGACCAUCCCUCCUCAGCGUGCUGCUCGGCAAGGAAACUACAGUCCCGCUGCUCCAA